AUGGCUGCCUUCACACUCGGAACAUUCAUCAGGCUCGCCCAACCUCAUGAUUCAGCCUCAAGCAGCAUCGAGGCCGCUUUAUCAGUACCGGAAGGAGUUUGGGCAUUCCAAUAUGAUAUAACCAAUAGUUUCGUCUCCGCCUCUUGGACUCCGUCGAAUAAAUUGAAAAAACCAAAACCAAAGAAUUCAAGAUAUCGUCUGCGACUAUGGAGUGGUAGCGAACCUCAGAAUAUGGAAUUAAAUGGGAUGGAACAGACGGUUGAGUUUGAGUUGAAUAACCCACCGCGGGAGCAACCGAUUGAGAGGAUUACAUUGGAUAUAUGUUUUUGGUUUGGGAUUGAAAGGGUUGGUGAUGGCUCUGGGAGUAGUAACUCAAACUCGCAAAUAUGGUCGGACCUCAUCCAAGAAUUGGAAAAUACGACCCGUAUUUACACCUACUUAAACACUUUGAGCGUGAGGUGGAAACCGGUAGUUGACAGAUUCCAGAAAGCGAACCAGUCAAUCAAAGACGUAGAUCAGAAAACGAUAGCACAAGGCCGGAGAGCGGAAUGGAUCUGGAGGGAGAUGAGAGGUCUCCAAACAGGCAUCGAAGAGCUACGACGAAUAAUUUCUACUGGAGAACCAUUCGCCCAGAAUGACUAUAUCGAAAGCACAAAUGCUAAUGGAGAUGCUUCAGAGGACUUGAAACUUGAAAAGGAGAUGCUUGAGGAGGAGAAAACGAACCUUCAGAGGGACAUCAAAAAGUUAAAGAAAAAGAUCGCUACAAAUGAUGUAGAUAUCACGGAGCUAUCGGAAACGGUAUAUCGCCUACAAUGUGAAAACGACAUUCUCAAGGGCGAAGGGACGGCCGAAGGAACAGGCGAAGGAACAGGCGAAGACGCUAUUGCCAUCGCACUUGACGAGAUUAAAUCGCAAGAAAAUGAAUAUCAGGGUAUUAGUUUUCUAGGUCUGGGUACGAGACAAGGUAUUAGUCAAAGGAUCGUUCAGAAGGAACGACCCCGAGAGAAUCGGAUGAAACACCGUGCGAAGAGUCGUGAUAGAGCCCCCGCGUUCGGAAGGAAGAACCGCGAUAAAGCCGUGGACUCCUCUCCUUCGACGCGGAAGCCGAUAUCGACUACGGCGUUUAGAUCAAGACCCGCGAGGAUCCAAGAAUACCAGCCAGCCCGCCGGUUUUCAGACGAUAGGAUCCCAACGGCCUCGCAAGAAUCACCAAGACUAAGUAGAAACACCGGCGCUACUUUUCUGGAUGCGGGCUUAAGAGCAGCGCCCACCUCUCUGAAUGCCCGAGGGGCCACUCAGUAUGAGGCCCCGACAGCGCCUAAGAACAAAAGAUUACCCAAACACCCUGAAGGAAUUCCAAUAGCACCGCCUGAUCUAGUGGCUUUUGCUGAGUUCCUGGUCAAGAACCCAGGACCGAAACAACCAGACCCCUAUGUAUACAGAAGGGAUCGCAGGGGUGGGCGGGGUCCAUCGGGUUGGGACACAUAUGUUUAA